CUUCGUUUCCAUCGCCACCCGCGGGCGCAUUCCGGACCUCCCGAGGCUCCCCUCCCUCGCAUUUAUAUCUCUCCAACUUCUUCUUCUUCUCCACCGCCCCGACCAUUUUCAUUUCCGGCUCCGUCCUCUCCUCCUCCUCCGCCGCCGCUGCCGCCGCUGCCGCCGCUGCCGCCGCAUUCGAUUCGGGCGCCGCCGCGACCUCUCGCCGGAUCUCCGAUGGCCGCCGUCGCCGGAUCGAGCGUCGCCGCUCUCCCCUCGGGCCGGCUCGAGAGCUCCGGCGGUCGGAGUCUCGGGCUCCCGCGGCGGAAUGUGAGCCCGGUGCUCGGCGGAGCCCGGCCGAGUCGGCUUCUCCGGAGCCUGCCGUCUCUCCGGUGCCGAAGCGGGAGCUCCAUCGCCGGUGUAAGAGCUCAGGUUGCCACUGUUGCUCAAAACGUAGAAUCACCGGUCGUCAUAGUUACCGGAGCCUCCAGGGGUAUUGGUAAAGCCGUUGCAUUAACACUGGGUAAAGCAGGUUGCAAGGUCCUAGUAAAUUAUGCCAGAUCAUCAAAGGAAGCCGAUGAAGUGGUCAAAGAGAUUGAGGCAUGUGGUGGUCAAGCUCUUACUUUUGGUGGGGAUGUUUCAAAAGAGGCUGAUGUCGAAGCUAUGAUUAAGACUGCAGUGGAUGCAUGGGGAACUGUGGAUGUAUUGAUUAACAAUGCGGGGAUCACUCGUGAUGGGUUAUUGAUGAGAAUGAAGAAAGCCCAAUGGCAGGAGGUCAUUGAUUUGAAUCUGACUGGUGUUUUCCUCUGCAUUCAGGCAGCAGCUAAAAUUAUGAUGAAGAAGAAAAAGGGAAGAAUAGUAAACAUUGCAUCAGUUGUUGGCCUCGUGGGUAAUGUUGGGCAGGCCAACUACAGUGCUGCAAAAGCGGGGGUUAUUGGCCUAACGAAGACUGUAGCCAAAGAAUAUGCAAGCCGAAACGUCAAUGUUAAUGCUAUUGCUCCGGGGUUCAUUGCAUCUGAUAUGACUGCCAAACUUGGGGAGGAAGUUGAAAAGAAAAUCUUGGAGGAUAUUCCGUUAGGAAGGUACGGAAAGCCAGAAGAAGUUGCUGGACUGGUGGAAUUUUUGGCCAUCAACCCUGCAGCCAGCUACAUUACGGGACAGGUCUUCCCAAUAGAUGGUGGAAUCGUCAUGUAGAGUAUCAUAUCUACUUUGUUGAAGCCUGAAUAGAACUUCCAAUUGCAGAGCUUAGUCUACACAGCAGCGAUUCACAAGUGACCGGUGGUAUGACAUUAGAGCCUAUGUUGAAAACUUUUAUUACUAAGGAUGGACAAUAAGAGGUUUUUGUGGCAAGUUUUUUAUAUUAUCAGCUGUAAUUGAUCACACAGAAUCAUUUGUCAUGUACUUGUUCAUGAAAUGCCAUUGUAUGGUCCUUUUUAGCACGAUCAGGAAAUUAUGAUUUGCAGUGUUGAAUUCA